CCCGCCUCGCGGUCCACGUCGCGUCGCGCUGCCGGGCGGCGUCCGCCGCGCGCGGGACACGCGCCGUCGCCACCAUGGCCAAGAAGAGCGUGGGCGACCUCACCGCCGCCGACCUCGAGGGCAAGCGCGUGCUCGUGCGGGCCGACCUCAACGUGCCGCUCGACGACAACCAGAACAUCACCGACGACACCCGCAUCCGCGCCGCCAUCCCCACCAUCAAGUACCUCCUCAGCAACGGCGCCAAGGUCAUCCUCACCAGCCACCUGGGUCGUCCUAAGGGUGUUACUCCUAAGUUUAGCUUGGCUCCCCUUGUGCCCCGAUUAUCCGAGCUUCUUGGCAUUGAGGUGAAAAAAGCAGAAGAUGUUAUCGGCCCAGAAGUUGAGAAAUUGGUGGCUGACCUGGCAAAUGGUGCUGUUUUGCUCCUGGAAAACGUAAGAUUUUACAAGGAAGAGGAGAAGAAUGACCCAGAGUUUGCAAAGAAGCUUGCGUCACUGGCAGAUCUGUUUGUAAACGAUGCAUUCGGAACAGCCCACAGAGCACAUGCCUCGACUGAGGGAGUUACCAAGUUCUUGAAGCCUUCUGUUGCUGGAUUCCUUUUGCAGAAGGAACUUGACUACCUGGAUGGAGCUGUUUCAAACCCUAAGCGCCCAUUUGCUGCCAUUGUGGGUGGCUCAAAGGUGUCAUCCAAGAUUGGGGUUAUCGAAUCCCUGUUGGAGAAGUGUGACAUCCUUCUUUUGGGUGGUGGUAUGAUCUUCACAUUUUACAAGGCACAAGGACUCUCAGUUGGUUCUUCCUUGGUUGAGGAAGAUAAACUUGAGCUGGCAACAUCUCUCCUUGCAAAGGCAAAGGCAAAGGGUGUCUCCCUUCUGUUGCCAUCUGACGUUAUCAUUGCUGAUAAGUUUGCUCCUGAUGCUAACAGUCAGACCGUCCCUGCAUCUGCAAUUCCUGAUGGUUGGAUGGGGCUGGACAUUGGCCCAGAUUCAGUCAAAACAUUUAAUGAUGCCCUGGACACAACACAGACAAUCAUUUGGAACGGACCAAUGGGUGUCUUUGAAUUUGACAAGUUUGCAGUAGGAACUGAGUCUAUUGCAAAGAAGUUGGCCGAGCUUAGCAAAAAGGGUGUGACAACUAUCAUUGGAGGCGGAGACUCCGUUGCGGCUGUUGAGAAGGUGGGAGUGGCUGAUGUUAUGAGCCACAUCUCAACUGGUGGUGGCGCCAGCUUGGAGUUGUUGGAAGGAAAGGAGCUUCCUGGAGUCGUUGCACUUGAUGAAGGUGUCAUGACGAGGUCGGUGACCGUAUGAGGCUAAGCUUCAUUUGUUGCAUCUUAAUUCCUUUCAUGUACCGUUCCAAACCUGCCAUGUUGUCCUCCCUCUUUUGCUCGUCUUCGACCACUCGAAAUGUAAGAGACCAAUGUUUUAUAGAGAAAUACUGGGAACUGUUUGAAUAACACCCCCAGCAAUUUGUGCUCA